GAACACUGUUCCAUAACGACGCGUCACUUCCGCUGACCGCUGCUGAAGGUGAUCAGCCUGAGCGCCCUACUUUCAUCAAUGUUGCGCCUCAUCCCAGCGUCGUUGUGCCUUCAGUGCCGGCGUGUGACCCUUUUACCUAUAAACCUCAGACCGUGUGUGACACUCAGCACUGCGGAGAAUCAGCAGACCGUGGAGGCUCUCUAUGAUCUCUCUGUGGACGUCCAAAAGGUCCGAAAGCUGAAAGGUUGGGUCUUGCAUCAGAGUCCGGCCUACGCAAAGGAGGUUGCAGACCUGUUGAAGGACAUUGGGGCCUCCGAGCCCAUCAUCUCCCGCAUUUUAACAGCUCACCCUGAGGCUGUGCUUUGCAAUCCUGCACAAACGCUUGCACUGAAGGCGCUCUGGAUGUCAGUGUGCCCCAACCAGAAAGAACUGGUUGGUAUCAUAGAGAAAUUCCCAGCCUCCUUCUUUACAUCCUCAUGCCACCAUGACAACCAGCGCAGCAACAUUACUUACUUCCAGAGCUUGAACCUCAACAAGCGAAUCAUCACCAAGCUCAUGGCCAGCGCCCCGCAGAGUUUUAUUCGGCCAGUGGAGCAGAACGAGGACAUGGUACGCACCCUGCAGCGGACCUACCAGGAACUCGGAGGAGAAGAGGCCAACAUGAAGCUCUGGCUUCAGAAGCUGCUGACACAGAACCCUUUUGUCCUCCUCAAACCGCCCCAAGUGCUGAGGCAGAACAUGCUUUUCCUCCGAGACAAAGGCUUCACCACUGCAGAGCUCCUCUACCUCCUCUCCAAACUGAAGGGCUUUGUUACCGAUCUAAACCCAGACAGCAUGUGCCACACCCUGGCGUACUCCCAGGACACCUUGGGCUGCUCCGAGGCAGAGUUGCGCGACAUCAUCCUCAGCUGCCCGGCAUUACUUUACUACCAGGAGGAUAUUCUGGCCGAGCGCUUCCAGGGACUCCUGAACGCCGGCAUCAGCAUGUAUCAAAUCACGCAGACCCCGACUGUGCUGGAACUGACAACGCAAAUAGUCAAUUAUCGCAUCCAGAGACUCAAGUCUCAUGGUUAUGAUGUGAGGACAGCUAGUUUGGACGUCCUCAAUGGCACUAAGAAGGACUUUGAAAUGAGCUACGGGAAACUACAGCUUCGCAGAGAGAGACCUCUUUUUAAUCCAGUUGCGCCUUUAAAAGGAGAUGACUGACAUCAACUCACCUAAUCAUCUAAUGCACGGGAGUCCAAAGUGCGGCCCGCAGAUGGUUUUUUUUUUUUUUGGGCCGGCAACACAUUCUAAAAAAUAUCAUUUAACAAGAAAACUUAAAAAAAAAAAAAAAAAAUGGAAACAUUUGCAGUAAUUGUACAAGAAUAUAGUCAAAAUAUUAAGGAGAAAAUUUUUGAAUCUUCACUAGAAAAAGUUGUAAUUUUAUGAGAAUAACAUCAUAAUAUUCUGAGGAAAAAGAACAUCAUUUUAGGAGCAUGAAGUUGAAAUAUUAAAGAAAAAAGUAUAUUUUUAAAGUCGUAAAGUUAUGAAAAACAAACAAAACAACAAAGCUGAAGUUAUGUUAUGAGAGCAAAGUCAACAUAUUUUGUGGGAAUAAAAUCAUAAUAUAAAUUGAAAUAGUUGGGAAAAAAAUAAACAAAAGAGCAGAAAUGGGGGGGACAAAAAGAUUAAUUUUACGAGAAUAAAGUCAAAGUAUUAAGAGAAAAAUGUUGUAUUGUAACAGGAAAAAAGUUGCAAUUUAACGAGAAUAAAGUCGUAAUAUUAUGAGGAAAAAUAAUGUCAUUUUAAUAGCAUAGAGUUGAAAUGUUAAAGGAAAAAAAUACAUUGCUUUUGAAAAGUCGUAGUAUUAUGAAAAACCCCAAAAAUAAAGUUAUUUUUGGAAAAUUGGAUUUUAGAAAUUAUGAAAAUAAAGUAAUAUUAUUGCAAGAAAAAAAAAUUCUUUUUUUUUUUUUUUUACAUUUUCCAACUAUUUCAGCUUUCUUCUUGGAAAUUUUCUUCUCGUAAUUAUGACUUUAUUCCCAUAAUAUUUUGAUUUUAUUCUUGUAACAUUGUAACUUUGUCCAUAACCUAAUUUUCCAAAAAUUACAACUUUAUUGUUUUGUU